AUGUGCAAUCAUAAAUGCGAAACACAUAUAUAUAAACCGUAUUUAGAGCGCAUCAAAUACUUGGUGAAAUUACCGGAUGACACAAAAUUAAAUAAUCUUGUACUCAUUGGGACUCAUCAUUCAUUAUCAUAUGCUGUUGAUGUCAAAGAAUCGCAAACACAAGAUUUGAACAUUGCACAACAAUUGAAAUAUGGAAUCCGUGUUUUUGACGUUGGUGUAAAACUACAAUCGAGUUUAUUCAAAAUUUACAUAGACAAUGCUCCAGCGAACAUUGAAUUUGCUGAAGCAUUAACGGAAAUUCAAAAAUUUCUUGAUCUCAAUCCUGGUGAAUUUGUAGUUAUGUUUUUACGCCAAGUUACUGUUGAAUUACUCGAGAUAACUAGAUCUCAUUGUGAAGUAAUUGAUUAUUACAUUAAGAACGCUAUUGGCGGAAAUCGUUUCGUUAAAAAGUGGCAUCUAAGUGACACUAUUGGACAGCAUCGCGGUAAAAUUCUAUUAGCAAGUUCUGAUUAUUUAUUCACUGAAUGUUGUUUUGAUCUCAAUAUUAACUGUCUUAUUCAAAAUGACGAAAUUAAUUAUAAGACCACAAAGAAACACUUUAAUUUAUACAAUAAGUGGGAAUCUAUUAUUGAUUUACUGCAACAAAGUUAUAAUAAGCGAUCGAAAUGUCUAAUAAAUGAUAUUAGUUUUUCGGAUGGUCACAAUAGUCGUCGAGCUAUCGCUAAAGACGGUGGCUAUUAUUUCGGAGAUAAUUGUGCCAUUCCACUUAAUCAUAUGGUCACUGAAAAUUUUGUAUACUCAUACAUAGCAAUGAAUAUCUACUUGGCCGAUUUUCCUACUCAAGAAUUAAUCGAUGUAAUAAACGACAUUAAUUUUCUAAAUUCCAGUUGGCGAUCUGAGUGGCACUGA